GGAGUUGCGCAAUGAAUCUUGCGUCUGACUCUUAGAAAAAAAACAAAAAACUACUACUACUACAGCUUUUCUUCUGAUUUCUUCAACAGUUCUUCUAUAUUCGGUCUCUCGUUCGUUACUUAGCAAUAGCGUGCACUACCUGUAACAGAGCGUGUUUGUGCCUCUGUGGACGUGAGAUCCAGAGCCUAGAUCACUGUGUUGUGUGUCAGUAGGGACUAUUUGGGAUGUAUCCGGAGAGGAAGCAGUGUACCAUGAACUAAAAAAAGCUUGUUGGUCAUUUUUGGGAGCAGAGAUUUCACCUUUCCUUUUUUUUGGAAAUAGUCAUGACAGGAGCGGAAGCAGGAUGACGAGGGAGGGUCGUGGAGGUGGAGGUGGCUGUCUGGGACUCCCAGGGAUGUUACGAGUGUUCUUGGCGGGGACGUGUGCUCUGACGGUCCUGAGCUCUGCAGGCUUGGUGUUCCUCCUGGUGCAACACAGGCACCUAUCGGCCCACCUGGCCCGGUUGGAUCUACAACUGCAGGUGCUCUCAGAGACCUCUGGCACUGUGCUGCGUCAUUCUGCAGCAGUAUCCCUCUGGACCAGCAGGGACCCUGGAGAGGAAGCUUCCCUCAGGACCAGCAGGGACCCUGGAGAGGAAGCUUCCCUCAGGACCAGCAGGGACCCUGGAGAGGAAGCUUCCCUCAGGACCAGCAGGGACCCUGGAGAGGAAGCUUCCCUCAGGACCAGCAGGGACCCUGGAGAGGAAGCUUCCCACAGGAUCAGCAGGGACCCUGGAGAGGAAGCUUCCCACAGGAUCAGCAGGGACCCUGGAGAGGAAGCUUCCCACAGGAUCAGCAGGGACCCUGGAGAGGAGACUGAUGGGGUACAGGUGCUCUCAGAGGACUCUGGGUUGGAGACAUCACCCCACAGGACCAGCAGGGAGGACCCAGGCAGAGAGGCAGAGAGGGAGCUGCAGCAUAGCCGACCCCGCGGUAAGAGGAGCCAGGCUGGGGAACACCAGACUAAGCGACAGCAGAAACGUGAAGACGGGGACAUGAUGAUGAUGAUGACAUACUCCAUGGUCCCGAUCAAGGUCCUAUUGGAAUUAUGUAACAGCAGAAAAGACAUGUGUUUAACAGGACCACCAGGACCUCCAGGAAUUCCAGGUGUGGAUGGGAAGCCAGGAUUCAAUGCUACAGAUGGUAUUCCGGGACCACCUGGAGUUGCAGGGAGACCUGGAAAAAAAGGUCCCCCUGGUGAGAGAGGGGAGCCUGGACCUCCAGGACUGAAGGAUGAGACCUCCAAUGACAUCAUCAUAGAGGGACCUCCGGGACCAAGGGGCCCUCCUGGCCCUGCCGGUCCCCCUGGUCUACCUGGCCCCCCAGCGACCUUAGAGGCCCCAGAACCCUCCAGAAACAGGAACAUCCGAGCACACCUGUUGGAGAACGCCUGUCUCCAUCAAGCCAACACGUCUGACUCUCUGGCUUCAGAGAAUACAGCCACAAGCAACGACGCCUUGAAUGUAACCGACGCAGAGAAUGUUACUAGGAACAUCCGAGCACACACCCAUCAAGCCAACGUGUCUAUGGAGUCAGCGAAUCCAGCCGCCAUUAAUGACACGUUGAAUGUAACUGACACCGAGAAUGUGGAAGCAAAUAACCGACAAAUGACAGACACCGAGGUUGUGGAAGAAGCCCCUUUGAAUGUAACCGUCUUAGAGAAUUUGGAAGAAACUUAUUUGAAAGAAACAUACACAGAGAUGGUGGAAGAAGAAAAUAACCGACAAAUAACAGACACCGAGGUUAUGGAAGAAGCUCCUUUGAAAAUAACUGACACAGAGAAUGCGGAAGAAGCAGCUUUUAGGAAAACUGCAGAAAUCUUCUCUGUUCCCCCCAAUGACACCUUGAACGUAACCGACACAGAGGAUGCAAAAGAAGCACCCGUUUGGAAAGCUGAAGGCCUUGACGUCUUUCCUGUUCCCACAAAUGUAACCCCAACAAUUAAAGAAUGCAUUAUCAAAACCAUAACAUGCUUUACAAAUGUCACUCAAAUGGAAACUACAUUUGGAGUUUGGAUGCAAGACGCAGCCCAGGUGAAUGAUAACCAGAUUUGGAUGGCUGAACACUUUUCAGGUCGAGUCUUGAAGGAAUACAGGAGCAUCGCAUCAUUUCCCAACAGUAGCAGCAAGUCCAUUGACAUGAGGAAAUUCUACCAGGGCUGUGGCCACGUCAUCUACAACGGAUCCGUGUACUAUCACAAUGCAGGAACCUCUAAAGUUGUCAAGGAUAACCUGAAGACCAGGAGAUUACAGACACUGGCCAUUGAGAAUGCCCUUUACCACAAUCUGACCUAUCUCUUCCACAACUCCAAGACAUACUUUAAGUUUGCCGUGGACGAGAAUGGACUGUGGCUCAUCUAUGCUUCAGUUGUCGAUGAAACCAUGAUGGUAGCCAAGUUAGACCACAGGAGGUUUUCUGUGUUGUCUGUGGUUGACACGUCCUAUCCUCUGUUGAAAGCUGGGAAUGCCUUCAUUGCAUGUGGAGUUCUGUACGUGACUGACACCAAAGACACGAAAAUCACACACGCCUUUGAUUUAAUGAGAGCGAAAAAACCUUUGAAUGUAAGUUUGGAUCUUAGAUCAGCCAAUGGUAUUAUGGCUAUGUUGUCAUAUUAUCCCAAAAAUCAACUUUUGUAUAUGUGGGACAACAGCUCUGUGAAAAUAUGCAAGGCUUAUUUUACUUUGGAUCAAAAAGUAUAGUCAAAUCUUAUUGGUCGUGGGAGAAUUAAACAUUCUGCCUAUGUCUUGAGCUUAUUACAUGUCAAUGACGUGAUCUGUUCAUAAUAUUUUUUGAAUUUUAGUGUCAUAAAAUAUAUAUUUUUGUAUAAUGU